AUGACGAGGUAUGAUCGCUAUUGUGAAAAUUUAUUUCACCUAUUAAAGAGUUAUGAUCGGGGAUUUAUCGAUAUCUAUCAUGAGGGUUAUGUCUUUCAUAAUGUUUGCGCGUAUGUGAGUCAGGGUAAUGAUAAGGGGAAAUGUUUUAUGAGAGUGACACACGAUCGCCGUAUAAGAGAAUCAUGUAUGGAUUUGACUUACAAUUGUCAGGAUAGGGCGGGGAAUUAUGAAAUACAAUUUUGUUUUCCUGGGUUCUACGGUGGCUUAUGCGGUAUUUUUCAUGAAGAAUGUUAUACUGCUGUGAAACAACUGUUUCGGGAAGUGUCUAUGUGUAGUAUUGAACAAAUUGCUAUAAACAUUGCGCAGCGUUGCCCCGGUGUGAUAGUUUGUCAAGAUUUGAUAAAACGACAAGUGGAAUAUUAUAAACGGGGUUAUAACGGUGUUCUCUUAGAAUUGGAUCAUCGGGGUAAACCCGUGCUACAAUAUUAGUAUUUUUGUUUUUUUUGUUGUAGUGCGGGUGAAAUAAAAGAGGAAAUUGUUGUACAGCUACCCUGUGAUACAGUUCUCGAUGACGAACCCUUGUCGGUACUAAAGACCAUUGCUAGCGAUUAUAAGUUUUUUUAUUUUUAUUUACGUGUGGGACGAGAACAAAGAAUACAGUUAGCCGGGGGACGGUUAUGGCCGACGAUAAUUGUAGACGGUGUUAUGCGAACCAUACCCAGUUUUUAUAUUUAUCUUAUAGCUGUGACGAAAUGUGACAACGGAGAUCGAUAUAUUACUAUUGGUGUAGUACAUUGGUUGUUUGGAAUCUAUGCCGAAUUGGAUAUUGAUUAUCGCAUUUAUCCUGACACGUUUAAAGCUCAACGUUCAUCUGUUGUACCGAUAUAUUUACCCGCUGUAACAUUUAACAGUACAGAAUUUCAUAUUGAUUAUGGAAAUGACGAUCGGGUAGAAAGAUCGUUAACAGUCAAUGAAGCGCGUCAAUUUGUUAGCGGCAUAGUAGAUACUCUAAUCACAUAUAUUAACGAAAAUUAUCAGAGAGAUUGUUUUACUUCUUUGGUCACAGAUUUUGAAACGGAUCACGGGAUAGCUCUGUCAACACGUUUGGUUCAGAUUUUGAUCUAUCAUCAAAAGUUGGUACGAAUUGUACAGGAUUGGGUAAUUUCGAAUUGUGGCUGUACGCGAAACGAUCAGAUUUGUCAUUGCGGGUUGUACACUCGACGCGAUGUAAUUAAGUGUAGACAAUUAUAUUUUCAAGAUGCCGGAUUAUUGGUCAGCGAUGCGGUGUAUUUUACCACCUCGAGAUAA